CUUAUAGGUUAAAUAAGCGCGUCUUCUAACCUAAAUCUCAUGUCAAAGUCAAGAACUGUCAAAGGAAGAUAUUGGUGUAUCUUAUGAUUAUUUGCCUGAAAUUUUGAUUUGAAUGUAAAAACGAAUAUGUAGCACACAGUGAAAUGUGUGGAAUAAUUUGUGUGUUUUCAAAUAAUAAUUCAAAAGCUAGACAAGAGGACCUCACUAAAAUUCUGCAGAUAUUUGAAAAUACAAUCAAAAGACGUGGUCCAAACUCUUACAACGUUAAAAGCAUCGUCACUAGCAACCGUUGUGCAGUUUUUGCUGCCAGUGUAUUGUGGCUGCAAGGUCAAACAUUAACUGACCAACCUGUUGAAGAUUACACAUCCCUAUUUGUUUAUAAUGGGGAUAUAUUCAGUGGAAUUCCUGAAGAUAUCAGACUACAGCAGGGAGACACUGUGCCUUUGUUGAACUUACUGAAAUCAUCUGCGAAUAUUUCUGGUACACUGAGUAAAAUAGCAGGUCCUUAUGCAUUCAUAUAUCUAGACAAAUCUAAAGAGAUUUUAUAUUUUGGAAGAGAUGUAUAUGGGCGUAGAAGCCUACUCAUUGGAAAAAAUGACAGUGUAUUUAUUUUGUGUAGUGUUGCAAAAAGAAAAGAAGGCUUUGACUUUGUUGAGGUACCAUCCAUUGGUACAUUUUGUUGGAACCUGAGAACUGGCAAGAUGAUUGUCAAUCCAUGGCAAGAUUGUAAUAAGAACUUUGACAUAAAGUUAGAGGAGUUGAGCAGGUUUUUAAAAUGUGAUAUAUCUAUCCAGCAAAUAUUACCACUUGUGAAAAGUAUAAAUUCAAUAGAUUGUAAGAUAGAUGAAUAUGAUAUGACAAUUCUACAGACGUUAGGAGAUGUGGACACUGACCAAGCCUUUUGUAAAUUACUCGGCAUACAAAAAUGGCAAAACAAUAUGAAUAAACUAGAGGAAUUAUUAAAGAAAUCUAUAAAAGUGAGAGUGUCAAACAUACCAAAUUCCUGCAGCAGUUGUUUAUAUAAUAAUUCAGGAUGUAUACAUGCCAGGAUAGGUGUUUUAUACUCUGGUGGAGUGGAUUGUUCCAUUUUAGCUGCUCUUCUAGAUAGAUGCACUGAUAGAGAGAGUCCUAUUGAUUUAAUAAAUGUUGCCUUUGAUAAAUCCAGUGAUUACAAUGUACCAGAUAGAAUAACAGGUUUAGAGGGCUUAAAUGAACUAAGGCUUGUUUGUCCUGAUAGAGAAUGGAAUUUUUUAUCAAUCAAUGUGCCACAAGAGGAACUGAAUUCCAAGAGAUCAGCAUCUAUAGCAGAUUUGAUAUACCCUUUAACCAGUAUAUUGGAUGAUAGUCUAGGAUGUGCCUUAUGGUUUGCUGCUAGAGGCAAGCAAGAUGAUGUUACUUCCUCAUGUAGAGUCCUUUUGGUUGGCAUGGGAGCUGACGAACUUUUUGGCGGUUAUACAAGGCAUAGAGCCGCAUUUGCAAGAGGAUCCUGGUCGGGUUUAAAUAAUGUCCUAAAUGAAGAUUGGCAAAAUUUGUCUCAUAGAAACCUGGGAAGAGAUGACAGGGUUGUCUCGGACCAUGGUAGACAAUUAAGAACUCCAUAUUUAGAUGAAGAAGUUGUCAAUUUUGUCAGAGGUUUAAAACCAUGGGAAAAAACGUUUCCUUCUAAAACUGUACCUCAGGGAUUUGGAGAAAAAUUGCUAUUGAGGUGUCUAGCAUACAAAUUGGGGCUUAAGAAAGUGGCACGUUUCAAGAAAAGAGCUCUACAGUUUGGUUCACGGAUAGCCAAUAAGAACGAAAAAGCACAUGAAAUGUCUAAAAGACUUGUGACGAAAAUAUAAAUCUGUUUGUAUUACUUUGUAUGAUCCAUUCGAAACCGUACAGCCCCUUACUUAAAAAAAAUUGAGUGAGAAACAAUUCACGUCUUUCGCAAUGAACGACCAUAGUGGACUUGAGAAUCUAAGAAUGCCAAGAUUUCAAAUAAUGUCGCUCAG